CGACACGAAGAUAAACAGACGCACACGAUGCAGAUGUUUAACGUUAUCAGCGUUACUGAUUAUUUAGCUAACGAUAGAUUUAUUUAAAUGAAAAACUGCUGUGUAAGCUGUGUGUUUUUCUGUCUGCAAGAAUCAAAGGAUAUCUAGCCACUCACUUUGACAAACAUACACUAUCAGGAUGGUGUCAUACAAGCGGCUGAACCCUGAAGAUGUCCAGUUUUCCAAUGCAGUUUUGUCAGAAGAGCCUCGUCCUGUCCAUGAAGAAGUUCCAGUGCCGGAGCCUGAGGAAGCCUCUUUGCUUCCACGGAGGCCGCCAUGCUCCGUCACCACAGGUCUCCUGGUGAUUGGCUGCCUGCUGCUGCUCCUCUGUGGGGGCUGGUUACUAGGCACCAUGUUCUGGCUGCACCGUCCGUCCACCCAACAGCCGCAUAGACCCCCGUCACCGGCCCCUGCACAAACACCAGACUCUAAAGUAGAAACAGGAGUAAACGACACUGCAGCUGCUUUCCGCCGUGAGGCUUGCAGUUUAAUCCCUGAGGCGUGGAGGUUUGACUGCUACCCUGAAAGAGGGAUGGUUGUGACCAGAGAGAUGUGUGAGGCACGGAACUGUUGCUUUAUCCCCGCGUCCUCUCCCUCCUCCUCUGCCACUCGCCCAUCAGGGAGAAAUGGAAUCCCUUGGUGUUUCUACCCUCAGGAUUUUCCCUCCUACUCUCUUGUGUCUGUAAACGACACAGCGCUAGGACAGAAAGGCACGCUCGUAAGGGAGGUGAAGACCUACUACCCAGCAGACAUCCUCUCUCUAGAAGUGGAGAUUCGUCACGAGACAGACACACGGCUUCGUGUUAGGAUAACAGAUCCCUCAAGUUCACGGUUUGAGGUUCCAAUCUCUGUUCCCGCUGCCACCACGAAGGCAGAAAGUCCAGACUACAUCAUAGAGCUUUCAAAGGAGCCGUUUGGUCUCAUCGUGAAGAGAAGCUCGACAGGAGCAGUGCUUCUGAACACCACCGUGGCUCCUCUCUUCUAUGCGGAUCAGUUUCUCCAGUUAUCCACCUCCCUGCCAAGUCAGUUCAUUUACGGGCUGGGCGAGCACCGCUCCACCUUCCUGCAUGAUGUCCACUGGAACACACUCACCAUGUGGGCCAGAGAUGUGCCUCCUAUGGAACAGACAAACCUAUACGGAGCUCAUCCGUUUUAUCUGGCAAUGGAGGACGGUGGGAACGCACACGGAUUCUUCCUGCUGAACAGCAAUGCAAUGGAUGUGAUCCUUCAGCCCGCUCCAGCACUCACCUGGCGCACUAUUGGUGGAAUCCUUGACUUUUACGUUUUCCUUGGUCCUGAUCCUGCGUCAGUGAUUGGACAAUAUAUGGAAGUCAUAGGCUACCCAGCGAUGCCCAUCUACUGGGCUUUAGGGUACCACCUCUGUCGCUGGGGUUACAACACCAGUGACUCUGCCUGGGAGGUUGUCAAAAGCCUGAGGAAUUAUGGGAUACCCCAUGACGUCCAGUGGAAUGAUAUUGACUACAUGGACCAGUUUAUGGACUUCACUUUUGACUCAACAAAGUUCGGCACACUGCCCGAUAUGGUCAAGGACCUGCACGCUCAUGACCAGCGCUACGUCAUGAUCGUGGACCCAGGUAUCAGCAGCACGCAGCCUGAGGGUUCAUACUGGCCAUACGAUGAAGGGCUGAGGAGGGACGUUUUUAUUAAAGACGCUGAAGGAAAAACACUUAUUGGGAAGGUGUGGCCCGGUCUGACUGCAUAUCCUGAUUUCUCUGAUGAUGUGACCCAUGAAUGGUGGUACGACAACCUUCAGAGGUUCCAUGAGAAGGUGCCAUUUGAUGGAUUAUGGAUUGACAUGAACGAGCCGUCAAAUUUCCUGGAUGGGUCUACCAAUGGCUGUCCAUCAAACAGUCUUGAAAAUCCUCCUUACACACCCGGAGUACUAGGAGGUUUGCUGAGAGCCAAAACUGUGUGUGCCACUGCACAGCAAAAACAGUCCAUACACUAUAAUAUGCACAGCCUCUAUGGACUUAUGGAAGCCAAGGCAUCUGCAAGCGCUCUUAAGCGAAUCUUGGCCAAAAGACCUUUUGUCAUCUCUCGCUCCACCUUCCCCAGUCAGGGGAUGUAUUCUGGUCACUGGCUGGGAGACAACAGGAGCCAGUGGAAAGACCUGUACACUUCUAUAGCAGGUAUGUUGACCUUUAACCUUCUGGGCAUCCCGUUGGUGGGAGCAGAUAUCUGUGGCUUCAGCGAGGAGCCGCAGGAGGAACUCUGUGUCCGCUGGACGCAGCUGGGAGCUUUCUAUCCCUUCAUGCGCAACCACAAUGCCAUCGACAUGAAGCCUCAAGACCCAAUAGCGUUCAGCCCUCUGGCUCGUACGGCGAUGAAGCAGGCCCUGCUGCUGCGUUAUUCUCUUUUCCCCGUCCUCUACACUCUCUUUCAUCAUGCACAUGUACACGGACACACUGUCGCACGGCCGAUAAUGUUUGAGUUUCCAAAAGAUGUAAAAACCUAUGGUAUCGACAAACAGUUCAUGUGGGGGAAGAGUUUAUUAGUGACACCAGUACUGGAUCCUGGAGUCGACUAUGUGGACGGUUACUUUCCAGAGGGUCUGUGGUAUGACUAUUACACGGGUGACUCUCUGCGCAGUAAAGGUGAAGACCUUCAACUCCAGGCUCCUCUGGAUAAGAUCAACCUGCAUUUGCGUGAGGGCUCUGUUAUACCCACUCAGGCGCCCAACCUCACCCUGUGGGUGAGCAGCGGUCAGCCUCUCCAUUUGGUCUCCGCUCUCUCUGACGAUGGUUCAGCCAGUGGAGAUCUGUUCUGGGAUGACGGAGAGACCAUUGACACCUACGAGAGCAAUCUGUACGCCUACAUCAUCUUCAACGUUUCUCAGAACGUGAUGACAUCACAGGUGCUCCAUAACAACGUGGAGGCCACCUAUAUCACCGUGGAGACAGCUUCCUUCUACGGUGUGAAGCAGAAGCCAAGCAAAGUGCUGGUGAACUCACAAGAUGCAGUGUUCACCUACAGAAUCAACCAGGUGUUAACAGUUGCAGAUCUCGGUCUCAACCUCAGUCAGAACUUCACCAUCAGCUGGAUGUAUUGAAUUAGAUGCUCUUCAAUCAUUGGUUUUAUUUUCUAUUGGCUGGCACAUAGUGCAGUCUAUAAGUUUUAGGACAGUUAAGUUUUGGCUCCAUACUGCAGAACAUUUAACGUUAAUGGGAAUAAUAAUGACUGAGGUUUAAGUGCUAAAUUUCACAUUAAUAUGGGGUGAACAGUACAGCUGAGUAUUCAUAUUUGAUAUUGACUGAAAUAACCCAGUUCCAAGUAGUAUCAAAACUUCUCCAGUCAAACAAUACCCUGCAUUCGAUCCUCUUUGUACCCAGAUCUAGAAAAAAAAAAGACUAUUUGUAUGAUUUUGCUCUCUGACAAUCACCGAAAGCUUUCUUUGAUUUAAUGAAAGAUGUGAUUGGGCCGCUACCACAGUAACCAACCCAGACAGUCUGCAGCGUGGUGAAGUCCAGUGCAGUGUAUUUGACCAAGUUGGCAGUUCAGUAUGCUGAAACACCACCCAAGUGUUCAAAAAUAUGGCUAUACUACACACCUGUGGCGUCAGAUUUAAAAAAAAUAAAUGCAUAAAAAGUAGAAAUAGUCUAUGGGUAUCUGUAUCAUUUUAAGGGUACUGGUAUUGCCACUGGUGUUGCAAUUUUUAUACCUUUUUGCCUUUUGCACAAAGAAAGGCUGCAAUUCUAAAUAGUUCACCCGAUGUGGCUACAAACACCAUCUAAUUAAAGCUUAGAGUCAGCACUAAAGUCACUGUUUCACAUCAUAUCUCAUGCGCUGCAGUACAGAGUCAAAACAUUCUGUCCGUCUGUCCAAAAUGAUGACCAGAUAAGCAGGUACUCUGGGGUGAGUGAGCUCAAGUUUGUGCUAAUCAUAUUUUUAGUUCUGUGUUUAAAAAAAAUGGCCAAAAAAUCCCCAUGAAGGCUUAUUAGACAACACCUCGUAAACACUGACCUACAGUAGUCUGGACACUGCUUUAAAUAUCUGUGUGGAACAUAUUAUUUAAUGGCUGAUAACUGCGCUGUCAUCUGAUUCAAACAAAAAGCUCGGCAGUUUCAUCUUCAGUUUAGCUCAUAGAUCAAAUCUGCAUUUUUUAAAUUAGCAUCAUCCGAAAGAUUCUGUGCAAUAAGUGAAAGAGGGGAUGGUCUACCUUUCUAAACGUGAGUCUGAACGUGGUUUAUGAUGUAAUAGGUUGUGUGUGCUUGAAUGCUGUUUACAGUCUAUUUUUGCACUAAUUAGUGCUGCAGUAUCGUAAAGGUAGAUACAGGUGCCUUAUGAUUCCUGUUAGUGGGUUUGUGAGCGUCUCUGGGUUUGUUCCAGGUGAUCCUUUGUUCAGCUUUAUAUUGUAAGCCUGCUUUCAGUCCAGAUGACCAUAGUACUGCUAUGCACGAUGAUUACUUUAAUGCAUAACUACAGCAUACUAGACCAGCUAUACAUGUUCUGUAAUUAUUUUACUGUGAAGUUUCUCACACCUCUGAUGGCAGGAAUGCUAUGAAAACCUAAUGCCUGAUACAUUUCUGGAGCUGGUUGAGGGAAGUUUAAAGAUCAGCAAAGUUUACUCUGCUUAAAUUUGACCUUGAUGCUGUGAAAAACUUUGAUUUGAAGUUAUCGUAUUUUUCACAGAACGUUAACUGUGAAAAGCUGGCACCUUUUCAAAGCAAAUCGUCGAUGCAUGUGUGCUGCAAAGCAAACCAUCCAAAUAUUUGUCAGCAUGUCAAUAGAGAGUAUAUUUUACUGUACUUGUGUUAAAGUAACUAAAAUUGUGACUAAAGAAAAUGCAUAUUUUUAUCAUGAAGCCUUGUGUUGAAAUAUUUGUGUAAUUGCUUAAAUCUAAUUAAAUGAACAAUAUGAAAACUA